UCCGAACACCUAACCAUUAGGGUUUAGAUAAGAAGAGGAAACCCUUCCUUCUUUUCGUUACUUCUUUUCUUUCUCCUUCUUCUCCUCCCACUGCGGCACUUCCUCUCAGGGAUUUGCCUGUUCAGUGAUAUUUGGUAGUAACAAAGUUAUUUUUUACAGAAGCAAAGAUGGUGAAGUUUACAGCUGAAGAGCUGCGCCGGAUCAUGGACCUGAAGCAUAAUAUCAGGAACAUGUCCGUCAUUGCUCAUGUCGACCAUGGAAAAUCAACACUUACUGAUUCUCUUGUGGCUGCUGCUGGUAUUAUUGCCCAAGAAACUGCUGGUGAUGUUCGUAUGACAGAUACCCGUGCAGAUGAGGCAGAACGUGGUAUUACAAUUAAAUCUACUGGUAUCUCUCUCUAUUAUGAGAUGUCUGAUGAGUCUUUAAAGGCCUACAAGGGUGACAGAAUGGGUAACGAGUACCUCAUCAACCUUAUCGAUUCACCUGGUCACGUCGACUUUUCUUCUGAAGUCACAGCUGCAUUACGUAUUACUGAUGGUGCACUUGUUGUGGUGGACUGUAUUGAGGGUGUCUGUGUUCAAACCGAGACUGUCCUUCGACAAGCUCUUGGAGAAAGGAUCAGGCCUGUGUUGACUGUCAACAAGAUGGACAGAUGUUUCCUAGAGCUACAGGUUGAUGGAGAAGAGGCUUAUCAGACUUUCUCCAGAGUUAUUGAGAAUGCCAAUGUUAUCAUGGCCACUUACGAAGACCCACUCCUCGGUGACGUCCAGGUUUACCCUGAAAAGGGAACAGUCGCCUUCUCUGCUGGUUUGCACGGUUGGGCUUUCACUCUAACCAAUUUCGCAAACAUGUAUGCUUCUAAGUUCGGUGUUGAACACAGUAAGAUGAUGGAGAGGCUUUGGGGUGAGAACUUCUUUGACCCAGCAACUAAGAAGUGGACUAAUAAGAGAACCGCGUCUCCUACAUGUAAGCGUGGGUUUGUCCAGUUCUGUUAUGAACCCAUCAAGCAGAUCAUUGCCACUUGCAUGAAUGAUCAAAAGGACAAGUUGUGGCCUAUGUUGCAAAAGCUUGGUGUUGUAAUGAAGAAUGACGAGAAGGAAUUGAUUGGAAAGCCCUUGAUGAAGCGUGUGAUGCAGACUUGGCUCCCUGCUGCUACUGCCCUACUUGAAAUGAUGAUUUAUCAUCUCCCCUCUCCCCACACAGCUCAGAAGUAUCGUGUUGAGAACUUGUACGAGGGUCCUCUUGAUGACCAGUAUGCUAAUGCCAUCAGAAACUGUGAUCCCGAUGGUCCUCUUAUGCUCUACGUGUCUAAGAUGAUUCCUGCCUCCGACAAAGGUAGAUUCUUUGCCUUUGGUCGCGUCUUUGCUGGUAAGGUUGCAACAGGUGCUAAAGUCAGAAUCAUGGGGCCUAACUAUGUUCCUGGUGGGAAGAAGGACUUGUACACCAAGAGUGUCCAGAGGACUGUUAUCUGGAUGGGAAAGAAACAGGAGUCUGUUGAGGAUGUUCCUUGUGGUAACACAGUUGCCCUGGUCGGAUUGGAUCAAUUUAUCACCAAGAAUGCAACCCUCACAAACGAGAAGGAAGUUGAUGCUCAUCCAAUCAGAGCCAUGAAGUUUUCUGUCUCUCCCGUUGUUCGUGUUGCUGUCCAGUGUAAGGUUGCCUCUGACUUGCCCAAGCUGGUUGAAGGGCUUAAGCGUCUGUCCAAAUCUGAUCCUAUGGUUGUGUGUACCAUUGAGGAGUCGGGCGAGCACAUUAUUGCAGGUGCUGGAGAACUCCAUCUUGAGAUCUGUUUGAAGGAUUUGCAGGAUGAUUUCAUGGGUGGUGCUGAAAUUGUGAAGUCCGACCCCGUGGUGUCUUUCCGUGAGACUGUGCUUGAAAAGUCUUCAAGAACUGUGAUGAGCAAAUCUCCAAACAAGCACAACCGUUUGUACAUGGAGGCACGUCCUCUUGAGGAUGGACUUGCUGAAGCCAUUGAUGAUGGUCGUAUUGGUCCAAGAGAUGAUCCUAAAGUUCGUUCAAAGAUCUUAUCUGAAGAGUUUGGAUGGGAUAAGGAUCUUGCAAAGAAGAUCUGGUGUUUUGGUCCCGAUACUACUGGUCCAAACAUGGUUGUGGAUAUGUGUAAGGGAGUUCAGUACCUUAAUGAAAUCAAGGAUUCAGUUGUCGCAGGUUUUCAGUGGGCGUCAAAGGAAGGUGUUUUGGCGGAAGAGAACAUGAGAGGUAUAUGCUUCGAAGUAUGUGAUGUGGUUCUCCAUUCUGAUGCCAUUCACAGAGGUGGUGGACAGGUUAUUCCUACUGCUAGGAGGGUUAUGUAUGCCUCCCAGCUCACAGCUAAACCCAGACUUUUAGAACCUGUGUACCUAGUCGAAAUCCAGGCUCCCGAAGGUGCCCUUGGUGGUAUCUACGGUGUUCUCAAUCAGAAGCGUGGUCACGUCUUUGAGGAAAUGCAGAGACCAGGAACUCCUCUCUACAACAUCAAAGCAUAUCUACCAGUCGUUGAGUCAUUUGGUUUCUCUGCCCAGCUUAGGGCUGCCACAUCAGGACAGGCUUUCCCCCAGUCUGUUUUUGAUCAUUGGGAUAUGAUGAUGGCUGAUCCUUUGGAACAAGGCACUCAAGCUUCAGAUCUUGUGACUGAGAUCAGGAGGAGGAAGGGUUUGAAGGCUCAGAUGACCCCUCUAUCUGAUUUUGAGGACAAGCUUUAAGUAUGAGGUUACUCGUAAAAGUUCCUGGAAUUCAAGAGCUAGAUGACAUUGUUGAUCCGAACUAGAGUUUUGGUUGGGAGAGUGUUAAUCCGAAAAGUUCCUCUUUUGUUUUCCAUUUUGGUUUUUCUUCUGCUGGGUGUGCAACACUAUUAAUAUUUACGAAACUUUCACAAUGUUGAUUUUGAUCCAUGAAACAACAUUUUCCCCAGUAGCAAGUCUUUGUAGUUUAUAAUAGGGAUCCAUGAACAUCAAUGAGAUGGUUUUUGUUUGCAGCUUAUUAUUUUGGAUGCUGAUAGUAAUGUUUAUAUAUUGCUUUGUUGUGGGA